AUGACUAAUGAAACUUCUGAUGAUGCCAACACUCCACCUUACUCCAUCACCUUCACCAAGGGCUGGGCUUUUGUGCCGAGGGUCCGAGGGUCCGGAGGAAGGCCGGGAGGGAGGCCGGGAGGUGGCCGGGAGAGAGGUGUGCUAUGUUUCAGCGAGUUGUUUUUCCUGAAGGAGCCGAGCGACGCCACGAUUUUGCGGCGGGACCCCGUCGUUUUGGACUGUCACGCUCAGGGAGAGCAUCCCAUUCACAUCCGCUGGCUGAAAAACAAAUCUCCUCUGGUCCAGUCGGACCACGUACACGUGCUCAGCAACGGCUCGCUGUUCAUCUCGGAGGCGGAGAACCGAAGAGGAGAGAAAUCGGACGAGGGCUCGUAUCAGUGCCUCGCUCAGAAUAAAUAUGGAGCCAUCCUGAGCCAAAAGGCUCAUCUGACUAUCGCAAGCAUUUCCACUUUCACCCAGCAGCCUUCCUCCAUCGUGGUGAUGGAGGGUUCGGUCGCGCGCUUCACAUGCAAAAUCAGCGGCGUGCCUCCACCAAUCAUCAGCUGGGAGUUUAACAGGAACACCUUACCACUGGCCACUGACAGAAUCACAGUGCUGCCCAGCGGAGUGCUCCAGAUUCAGGGAGCAUACCAGAGGGAUGCUGGGAAUUAUCGCUGUGUGGCGGCCAACAUUGCCAGUCGUCGCAGGAGUGUGGAAGCCACACUGACUGUCACACCAGCCCCUUCUCCCAGAAUUCCCCAGCGGCCGCACAUCAUCGCCAGGCCGCAGAACCUCACGGUGGUGGCGCACGGCAUCGCCCUCCUGGAGUGCGUGGCGGUGGGAAACCCUCGGCCGCUGAUCUCGUGGAGUCGCGUCGACCACAGACCCAUCGACGUGUACAACACCAGAGUGCUGGGUAACGGCAACCUGCUCAUCUCCGAUGUCAAGAGGCACCACGCGGGCAUGUACGUGUGCCGGGCGACGACACCGGGCACCAGGAACUUCACCCUUGCUGCCGCUAACAUCACCGUGCUAGAACCUCCGUCAUUGGUGGAGUGGCCGGAGAGCUUGACCAGGCCGCGGGCCGGCACCGGGCGCUUCGUGUGCCAGGCUGAGGGCGUCCCUACCCCCCGUAUCUCCUGGCUGAAAAACGGAGAACCUGUGCAGUCCAACGGCCGCAUCAAGAUGUACAACAGUAAACUGGUAAUAAACCAGAUUAUCCCCGAGGACGACGGCAUAUACCAGUGUCAGGCGGAGAACGACCAGGGCUCGGUCCUGUCCACGGCGCGUCUCAUCGUGGUGAUGUCCGAGGAUCGGCCCAGCGCGCCCAGAAGCAUCCUGGCCGACACUGUGUCCAGCUCGGCCAUCCUGCUGGCCUGGGAGAGUCCGGCGUACAACGCCGAUAAAGUCAUCGCCUACUCCAUCCACUACAUGAAGGCUGAAGGUCUCAAUAACGAGGAGUAUCAGGUCGUCAUCGGUAACGACACCACCCGCUACAUCAUCGAUGACCUGGAGCCAGCACAAAACUACACCUUCUACAUCGUGGCGUACAUGCCCAUGGGUGCCAGCCGCAUGUCCGACCAUGUCGUACAACACACACUAGAGGAUGUUCCUCUUCGUGCCCCCGAAUUGUCCCUCACCAGCCGCAGCCCCACAGACAUCCUGGUAUCGUGGCAGCCGCUGGUCCUGAAGCUGAGCCGCGGUCGAGUCUCGGCGUAUCGCCUGUGGUACCGGGCCGGUUCUGACGGAGCUGGGACCGAGUUGGAGUUGCCCGGCGAUGAAAGCCAGCAUCUGCUGGAGGGUCUGGUGCCCGAUACCGUCUACCUGCUGCGGAUCGCUGCCUCUACGGGGGCGGGCUGGGGGGAGCCAGGCGCCUGGACCUCCCACCGGACCCCCAAAACCUCCAGCAGAGAAGUGCCCCUGGCACCGGAGCUGCAGUUGGAGCCGCUGAACUGUACCACUCUGGCUGUGCGCUGGCGUCUGACCGCGGGCGCGUCUGUAAACGGCCUUCAGGGAUUCAGGUUGUUCUACCAUGAGGAGAGUCAGGCUGAGAGUUCACCCGUCCAGCUCUCACCCCACAGCACCCAGCACAUCAUCGGAGGACUCGACCCCAGGAAGAAGUACCAUGUGAAACUUCUGGCCUUUACCUUCGUAGGGGAGGGAUACCAGGCCGAUAGCACCAUUAGCACCCCAGGGUGUGUCUCGGUGCGUGAUCGCUUGGUGCCUCCUCCUCCUCCCCCUCAUCACGUGUCUGCCCGGGCGAACAGCUCCUCCUCCGUCUACCUGCACUGGGCUCGACCGGCUUUCACUGGCGCUCAGACCAUCAACUACACGGUGCGCUGCAACCCGGUGGGUCUCCAGAACGCCUCGCUCGUCCUCUACUUCCACACUGGAGAUCAGAACCUGCUGGUGAAGGAUCUGGAGUCCAACACUCGUUACGAGUUUGCUGUACGACUGCACGUGGAUCAGCUCUCCAGCCCCUGGAGUCCUGUGGUGUACCAGAGCACGCCCCCCGAUGCUCCGGUUUUGCCUCCUGCUGCAGUCAGGGUCACUCUGAUCGAAAGAGACACGGCGCUGGUUUCGUGGAAACCGCCCGACGAGCCCAACGUCGCCGUGACCCGCUACACCAUCCUGUACGCAUCACGCAGAGCGUGGCUGGCCGGUGAAUGGCAGAUCCAGCAGAAAGAAGGAAGCACCAACAUGGCUCUGCUGGAGAAUCUGGAAGCAGGUAACGUGUAUCUGGUGAAGGUGUCGGCGUCUAAUCAGAUGGGAGAUGGACCGUUCUCAGCGGCCGUGGAACUGACCGUUAGUACAGACGGGCGGAACUCCGUGCCAACCUUCCGCUCUCAUGGCUCCGCCCACGCCACAGGUAAGAACUUCUGCUUCUUCUCACCUGCUCCCUUUUCUUAUCUGGACCAGCACUUGAUGACCGGUAUUGUCGUGGGCGUGUGCAUCGCUCUCACCUGCAUCAUCAUCUGUACCUGUAUACUGGUGUGCAGAGAGAGAGCCAAAAAAUCCUGCACCAGCAAAGUGGUCAGACCAGGACAGAGCCCAGCCCCGCCCACUUCAGGUCAGCUGGGCAAUGAAAACCGAGCUGAGAGUGUUGCGGUCGGGAUGCCUGUGAUGAGAGAGCACUUCGUUGAUGCAAAGGGUGGAACAGAUUUAAUCAUAAACAGUAACGGUCCCGUCAGACCCACAGCGGAGAGGAAGAAGGCGCAGAAGUGGAGUUUAUUCCGGAGAGAAGAAAAGGUGAAGCAGGUUCUCGCCUCGUCUUCGGGGUACCAGAUGGGCACCACCCUCCUGCGAUACUCCAUCGACGCCCCCGGAUCUCUGCAGCCGCCCUCGUCCCUGCACGACCUGCUGGGGUCACCGGGGUGCGACGUCGAGGGCUCGCACUCCAGCGAGGGCAGCCACGAGACGGGCGACUCCGGACGCUACUCACACGACGAGCAGGACCUCGCCAAUCUCUCUCUGGGUCCGGAGGGAAGUCCCGACCGUGUUUCCAUCGAGCUGGAGGACAUGAGUUCGCCAUCCUCCGCUCAGUAG